CCUCGGCAAGAUGAAGGUCGUGGCGGUGGCCUUGGUGUGCUUACUGGGCGUGGCGACAGUCAGGUGCGCGACGCCGGAGGAGGAGGACGAGGCGGCUCUCGGGAGCUUGUCCCCCUCGGAGAAGCACGAGGCCCUCGACGGCGAAAACAGCGGCAGAGGCGAGAGGAUCUUCGCCUAUUAUGGCUCGACGACCACGACCCGGCUCUUGACCUCGACCCUGACGGCGCUCUCCACCUGCCUCUCCACCUUCCCAGGCGCCCCUGCGUGCAAGAGGCGGAAGAGGAGAUCCGCCGUCAUCACCGCUAUCGGCGACGAGGAUCCGGAGGCGAGCCUCUCCUUGGACGGGACCCUCGCCGACGUCGCGGAUCUGGAGGAGCUUUCGAGGCAGCAGAGGGACGCCCUCGAGAGAGACGACCGCAGACUCACCAUUUGGACGACCAACUUCACCACCCUCACCCUCACCACGACUUCCUACCUUGCCGGAACGACCGUCACCGCCACAGCCUACUGCCUGACUCCUCUUCUCGCGCAGUCUUGCUUCGGGAAGUGAUCGCGGCGCCGCCGCUCCCAGCAGGUCGGCCUCCCGCUCCCGCUCCCACGACGACGGACGGGGCGAGAGACAUCCGGCGGCUCCCUCCCAAUCCGUAGUCAGCAUGGACGAGAUAUCGCCCCUCUCCUUCAAAAAAAAGUCUUCCAGACAGCCGACCGCCUGCCUUGUCACGUAGCCUUCUGCCAUCACUGCAAGCUCCCACUCGAGUAAUAUUUAUUGUUGAAUGAAUGUUUGGAAUCUCCUCUUCAUGUAUCAUACUAGUUUGAAUAGACUCAUUUUAUAAUAAAUCAAACAUGCCUUUACGUAAUAAACUGACUUUAAUUACGUCAAUCAAGCGUUUUGAAC